AUGUCAUUCACUCGCUAUUCGAAGGCUUCGGCCGUCGUCCUCUCCUUGUGUACACUUUCGGACGCCUGGGCAUUGUACCAUAAAGUUGAUACCAAGAGCGCUAAGACCGAGGAUGCUUCAGUCGAGUUGCGCCGCCACGAGGCGCAAGAUCUUAAUGAGAAAAGGCAGACGACAGAGCUUUUCUGCCCCAACGAUCGCUACGAACAGUUCCUCAAUAACAACCCGGACCCAAGUGUGCAAACCUUUUGCAACGAGUGGCUAGGCUUGCCUCCGGCUACUACUGUGAUCGAAUAUGUUCCCACCAUUACGGUCACGACGAGCGACUCAAUCACUACCACUACCACCUCCGUUACCCGCCUAAUAUCUACCGAAACAGUUACCAGCACAGCUACCAAAACGCUUGCGCCAGUCAAGGCUCGAGCUGCUAACAUCGCUGCCGUUGCCGAAGACAUGUUCAAUGCAGUUGUUAAUAGCGGAGUCCCCGCAAGUGCUGUGUCGACCGAUGACAAUGCGCAACGCUCUCAGGCUGCUUCUGGCUUGGCGAACGCAUGUUCCUGCAAACUCGUUGACCCUACAUCAACUGUAACGGAGUCAUACGCGUUACCUCCAGCUUACACUACCGUGGGCUACCGUGUUAUCGUCGUGUCAGAAACGACAGAGACGAGGAGAUUCACCGUCAUGACGACCGUCACCCAGACUGCCGGAGCUAACGCAACAUCGUCGUCAACCUUUUCAGCCGAGACUGCUGUUCUCCCAAUACAGACCACUGAGCCCAGUGACGUUGCCGUCCCCCCGCCAGGUGCACCUGCUUCAAACUCAUCUGGGAUUGUUGUAGGAGGCGUUCCAUUUACAUGCCCAGAAGCUGCCAACACCCAGGUCGAUCAGGUCGUUGGAGGCUUCAAACUCGACUACUUGGUGUAUUGCAACACUGAAAUUAUAUCAGAGGAUCGCAUUGGCAAGCCAAUUGAUACUGAUAGCGAGACGACCUGCGCAGCGCAAUGUUCGGCUCUCAACGCUCAAGCUGGCCAAGGAGCUUGUCAGGCAGCAGCUUGGACACCCUACACCGAUGGACGUGCUGGUGGAAGCUGUGUACUGAGUGGUAAAGAGACCCAGUACGCAACUAAGCCGGGUUCGGUAACCGUUGUCAACACGGGAAUAUCUUCCAACGGUGACUGCGCCGCGCUAGAUGCAGCCAACGCGAACAGGACAAUCGAUACAUCUGCAUUAGUUGCUUCAAUCACCCAAGGUGUCUCCGUCUCUACGCCAGGAUUCCUCACCCAAACUAAUGGUGGUGGAGUCUUCGAGACCUAUGUGUCCGCCAACUCUACCGACGCUGGUGGAACCGUCCAUUGGAGUUGGUACGCCGUGUCUGCCUCGUCCAGUUUCUGGGAGGCGGUCUAUGCAACAUCUUGGUCGUGUACGCGCACCGUUGUUCAAACUAUCGUACAACAGGCUCCCACAGCUGUACCAGUCACCAUUGCAACUUCAUAUGUCACCACCAUCAUCAAUGGCGCUACCACUACAAUUAUCUCUGGUGCUUCCACCCGGAUCAUCUCGAACGGCGGAGGUUUGUUUGGCCCAGGCACUAGCUUCGUGCCUGCCACUACCACCAGUGGCAAUGGUGAGAUAACGACUUUCUUUUCCACCGCUACGUCUACAUCAACUGGGGACGCUGGUCUCAUUCCGCCAACGACCGGGGCAAGUGCUACACUGAGUCUGCCUGCGCCUAGCGGAGGCGCUUACACGAACAGCUCCAGCGUUAUCACGGUGUCCGCAUCGACUGCCACCAUUGUAUCAAGCGGAAGUGAGGGUGUCAUUCCAUCGUCGCCAGGCGUGCCCGAAGUAAUCUUGAGUACGACAACCACGACAACCACCCUCGGCUACAACACCACUAUAUCUGGUGCGACUUCGACUUAUACUUCCACUGGAGGCAACGGUGCCAUCCCUCCGGCUUCCGUCUCCUUGGGAAGCACCGAGAUCGUAUCAGCGGGCUCCACCAUAAUCGUAAUUUCUGGUUCCACAGCGACAACGAUCAGUGGUAGUGGUAACGGAGAAAUCCCUCCUGCCUCCACUCCACGCGUCUCUAUAGUCACUGUUGUCGAGACCGUUUCUUUAGGCAGUGUGAACCUCACAAUUGCCAGUAGCACGGCUACGGCGACCUCGACCGGUGGACAGGGCCUGAUUCCUCCUUCGUCGACUCCCAGUGGCCCAGUUUCCAUCAUUGAAACCGUGUCAUUUGGUAGUGCAAAUUUCACUAUCGGUAGCAGCACCAUCACGGCAAACUCCACCGGUGGAGAGGGUAUUGUUCCUCCGACCCCAAGCCCAAGCGCUCCUGUAACUGUUGUCGAAACGGUCUCGUUUGGCAGCGCAAACUUUACUAUAGGCAGCAGCACGAUCACCGCGAACUCGACUGGCGGCAAUGGUAUUAUUCCUCCUACCCCAAGUCCGAGUGGUCCUGUGACGAUCGUUGAAACGGUCUCAUUUGGCAGCGCCAACUUCACUAUUGGCAGCAGCACCAUCACGGCAAAUUCCACUGGUGGAGAGGGAAUUAUUCCUCCCCCAUCAUCCACCGGCUCUAUCGGGACAAACUCGGACAACCCACGGAUCCCGUUCCCGCUCACGAGUUCGUCAGCACCACCGCCUGGACCAUCUACGACGACAACCACUACUACCUUGUCAGGAUCCGUGCCGCCACCAUCUUCAAACAUCUCCAGCGUUGAGAUCAUUUCUAUUGGAGGUUCGACUGCUCUCAGUACUUCUACCGGCGCAUCUGGCGCUAUCCCGCCACCAAGCUCAGCUUCUGGUUUGUUCCCUAAUAUCACUGUUUCUUCGGGCACUGGAAUCUUCUCCACGGGUAGUUCUACUUCCACACUAACUUCGACUGGAGCAUCAGGCCUGAUCCCCCCUGCGUCGUCAAACGCGACUGCUAGCACCCCAACUAGCGCUACGUCUACACCUGUGAUUGCGAUCUCGUCCACGGGCGAGAUAGUUCAAAUCACAAUCUCGGGAAGCACAUACACCUCCUCAGCUACUGGAAGUAACGGCAUUAUCACGCCCUCAGCCAACUCUACCGGGCCAGUCGCUUCAGUCUCAACCGGUUCUACGGGCACUAACUCGGACGAGCCGCGCAGUCCCUUCCCUCUCACGAGCUCGUCGACGCCAGUAGGCAGCGCCAGCACACCAGGCCCGUCUUCCAACGCUACUACUCCCGUGGGCGCAAACACUACAUCAAGCCUGAGAUCUACUGGUACCAACUCCGAUGCGCCGCGUUCGCCGUUCCCUCUCACUAGCUCAUCGACUCCGGUCGGAAGUGCAAGCUCGCCUGUCCCGUCUACGAACUCGACUACUUCAGUUGGCACCAUCAGUAGCCCUGCGCCAUCGCUGAACUCAACCGCUUCGAUUGGCAGCGUUAGCACGCCUGCACCAUCGCUCAACUCUACUGUUGUCGUUAGUUCGAGCACGAUCACUCUGACUGUGCCCCCAUCCACCCCAAGCGUGAACGUCUCCAGCAGCCUUGGGUCGACAGGUACCAAUUCUGACGAGCCGCGAUCACCGUUCCCUCUCACGAGUUCAACGCUUCUGCCAAGUAGCGGUUCAAUCGUUCAAUCUUCAAACGUCUCUGUGACUAUCCCACCAAGCGGCUUACCAAGUUCGAGCGCGAAUAUCACUGUUCCGUUGACUUCCGUUCUGGCCGUGUCGACUGUCAGCGCUUCGGUUACACCUUCAGUCAAUUCUUCGCUCACGGUCCCUCCGAGCAUGACCCCAAGCUCCAGCGCCAACAUUACGACGUCCUUGGGCUCCACCGGGAACCAACUCUGA